CAUCUGAACUUUUACUUGUAGAGUGGUAUUUACAUGUUCCUUAAUUCAAAAAUUAACAUAAUGAAAUAUGACCCUUCCAAAUAUUGCCAGAACCUUAAAAAACUAGAUCAAGAACCUAUAAAUUCAGUUCCCAUUUCACAGCUCACUUGGCAUCUGGAAGAAGCUGACAGUACCAUGAGCAAGAAACGACAAGGGCAAUUCCCUGAAGUUAAGAAGCCAUCAAAAAAGAAAACAAAAAUACAGAACAGUGACAGCCUAAGCAAAGUUAAAUCAAACCCAGCUAAUGUUGUCCUUGCAAAACAAAUUCAGAACUGCACCUCUAACUCCAAGAAGCAAGCUAAUCAGCACUCUUCAGGUCAAAAGCUUAAAGCUGGAACCACGAGUUCUAGGCACAUAAAAAGCCUGUGUGGUGAUGACAUAGAUUCAGAAGAAGAAAUCAGAGCAAUUGAAGCAAGUGAGAGAAAAAAGCACAAAGAUAGUUGUACUACUGCGCCUGAGGAUAAUAUGGAAGUUGUUGGUGAUGACUUUAAACUGAAAUACAGUACUCAUUGGUCUCUACAGAAAGCAAACAAGCAUAUAGGCCAAACAUGCAAUGGACUACUAAGGCCUGCAGAAAAUGAAUCUGAUUAUGAUUCAGCUGACACUGAUGAAAUUAUAGCUGUGACUAAAUUAUCUGAUGACAAAGAGAGAAAUGAAUCUCAACAGGGCUCUAAGGAAACAGAAGAGCAGAAUGAUGGCCAGCCAAAAAGAACCAUCCAUGCUGAAAGUUCUCCAUCUUCUGGUUCAAAAGGGUCCAAAGCAGCAGAAGAAAAAAGAGCAGAAUCUGAAAAACCAUCAGAUGCACAAGCUACUCUGGACAGAUGCAGAACUGAGAGUGAGGAAAACUCAGAUUCGUGUUCAGACACAAGUGAGUCUGAAGGGGAUGAGGAUUAUGAAUCCAUGAUUCAAAGUGGCUUCCGAUUAGAUCUUACCUUAGAAGACUUAGAGAAAUUAGCUGGUGAAAGUAGUGAAGAUUCAGAGGAAGAUAACAAAAUACUUCAAAGUACCAAUCAAUCACAAACUAAUUACUGCCCAGGUAGUAAAACUGGUACUGCCCCAGAGAAACCCACAAUUUCCACCACUUCCAAAAAAUGUAUUUGCCCUGAAGAAAUACUUGCUGCCAUUUUAAAAGAAGAGAGAUCUGACAAAGAUGAUUUGAAACAAAAACAGGCAAAAGUGAAUAUUCAACCUUUCAAAGGACUGGGGUCACUUAUCGGAGUACCGCCUGAGAGCGAGUUGGAUGUCAAUGUGCGUGAAAAGAAACAGUCUUCUUUUGAACUUGAAGUGGAGUCUCUGAAAAGUGUUACAGAAGUAGAAUAUUCCAGUUUGACAAGUAAGAAACUUAACUCCAAACCACUGUCUUUGAAAGACUUGGACUUGGACAUUCCCAUAGUAGGAGGUCUUUCUGGAAACUCAGGUGAGUCUUCUGACUACCUCCCUGACAGUAUUGGAAAAGCAGAGAAAAUAAGCCAUGAUGUAAGUAUUAUGCCUGAAAGUGAACCCACCAAACAUGGGAAGUCUGUUUCCAAGGGACCAACAACUUCCAGUCUUAUACAGAAUAAAGAUUUAAAUGGCUAUCUGAAAAAUGAAGGCGGCUACUCAGCUUCUCUCAGAAAAACAAAGAAAACAGAUAAUGUGGGAAUACAACUGGAGGACAACGAGAAAAGAUUGGCUGCCAUACAAGAAAGGCAGAAAGAAUGGGAGCUCCAGAAAAUAAUUAUACAGGGAGCUCUGACCAGCCAGGAAAUGGCCAUUUGUGNAUUUCGUAUGGAUGCUCAUUUCCUUGAAAGUGACAGUGAUCAGGAAGAGGAAUCAAAGAAAUCGGUAACAGAGGAAGAAGAGGAACUUUCUUUAGAAAAGAAGAAGAAUCUUGAGAUCUUGAAAAAUCUUCUACAUAUUGAUGUAGACCCUCCCAAACGUAGGAAGCUAGCUGCAGAAAGCCAGAAAUUUAGAGAUAUGAAUACCUUACGCUAUGACCCUACAAGGCAAGAUCAUGCAGUAUUUGAAAAAAAGCCAGCUAAUACUGAAAAAGAGAGUAAAGCUAAAAAGAAGAAGAAGAAAGAAGAAGCUCAGAAACUGCCUGAGGUGUCUAAAGAUACAUUUUACAAUGUCGCCGUGGACUUAAAAGAAGCACUUGGAUCUACAAAACAGGAUGAAAAAACAGAAAUAAUAUCAUGGGACCAGCAUGAUGAUGCUGAACAAACCCCUUCAACUGAUAUACCAAAAUUCAGUGCUGAAAAACAAGAUGGGGGUUUUACCUUUUCCUUUUUUGGUGAUGAAGUGGCGAGAUCACCUAUCAAAGAAGGUAUCUUUACCUAUUCUAAACCAUAG